GCGACACACCAGCUUUUAAGGCGCAGACGUUUUGCAGUUGGAGACCAGUCGUUAAAGUCAGCCCAAACAGAACGGAGCCAGCGAGUAUAUAUAACUACGAUCCAGACCUAAAUCAACACAACAGCAACAUGGGAGACUACACCUGGAUUAGCACCAAUGUCUACGAAUCCCUGCCACCGGGUGCCAUCCUGGGUGGUCAUGACUCCGACCAGGAUCCCAUCUACGUGGGCCGUGCCUUCCACAACGGGGAGAUGCUGCCCGCCAAAGUGGUGCCCGGCAAGCAGCAGGCCUAUGUGCCCUGGGGCGGCCAGGAGAUCAGCAAGCACGACUUCGAGGUCCUCGUCGGCGACCACUACUCCUGGAUCCCGUCCAGCGGCGGAUCCGUCCCGCCCCAUGCCAUCCGUGUCGGCCAGACCGGCGAUGGUGAACCCCUGUAUGUGGGACGUGGCUACUUCCAGGGCAGCCUAACGCCCGGCAAGAUUCAUCCCUCCCACCAGUGCCUUUACAUCCCCUAUGGAGGACAGGAGCACCGUCUGGAGGCCUAUGAAGUUCUAGUUCAGCCAGAGACUUGGGUCGCCUCUCACGGACGCGGCAUUGUGCCCGGAACAGUGGUUGGCGGACACGACUGCGAUGGCGAUCAGAUCUAUGUGGGCCGGGCCUACCACGAAGGCGAUUUGCUGCCAGCUAAGGUGAUUCCCAGCAAGGGCUGCGCUUAUGUGCCCUACGGAGGCGGUGAGGUGGUCAAGCACGACUACGAGCUGCUGGCCGGAUACGGAUACGGAUGGGUGCAUGACAGCCAUGGCAAUGUGCCCGGAAACGCCGUGCUCUGUGGCAGAACUUCGGAAGGAGAGCCCCUCUUCAUCGGUCGUGCCCACCACCACGGCAGUCUGACGCCCGGAAAGAUCCACCAGUCGCAUCACUGCCUCUACAUUCCCUUCGGCGGCGAGGAGGUGCGUCUAGACCACUACGAGGUCCUGGUCAAGGGCUAAGCUGCUCUCCCGUUUCGUCUGCCAACCCCGCUAAUUUAUAAUUCAUCUUGUUUCAUUAAAAAUGCCUUCCCACUAAA